CAUCUCGCGAAGUAAACAUUCACGUGUCGUUACGGUGUUACACACUAGCUAGUCAGCUAAACAGAGUGGAAAUGCAGGAUAAAUACGAUAAAGAAAAAACACAGAGAACCGAUAACCAUGUGGAGAAUUUUGAGAAAUGGAAAAGGAAAUACAACAGAACAAAGAAAAAAAUCAAACGAGUUCAAAAGACCAAGAAACGCGACUGGGAGGUGGAGAGAGAAAACAUACAGAAGCUGAUGAAAAAGUACUCGGAGAUCAAUCCCAGAGAGGCUGUGAAGUUCUCUGAUUUCCCAAUCUCAAGAAAGACUCUGACAGGUCUUCUUGGGGCUCAGUACAGGCAGCCCACAGAGAUUCAGAGACAGACGAUUGGCUUUGCUUUGCAAGGGAGAGAUGUUCUUGGUGCUGCAAAGACUGGCUCUGGAAAGACUUUGGCCUUCCUCAUCCCGGUUUUGGAGUGUCUGUACCGUGAACAGUGGACUGCGAUGGACGGCCUCGGUGCUCUCAUCAUCUCUCCCACGCGAGAGCUGGCCUAUCAGACCUUUGAGGUGUUGAGGAAGAUCGGGAAGAACCAUGAAUUUUCUGCUGGUCUUGUUAUCGGUGGAAAGGAUCUUAAAGAUGAAUCAGAAAAAAUCCAUCAGACCAAUAUCAUUAUCUGUACUCCAGGACGUCUGCUGCAGCACAUGGAUGAGACGGCUAGCUUUUACGCUUCAGAUCUGCACAUGCUAGUACUUGAUGAAGCCGACAGAAUUCUGGACAUGGGUUUUGCCGACACGCUCAAUGCUAUUAUUGAAAACCUUCCACAAACACGGCAGACCCUUCUCUUCUCUGCAACUCAAACCAAGUCCGUCAAAGAUCUGGCUAGACUUAGCCUGAAGAACCCAGAGUACGUGUGGGUCCAUGAGCAGGCCAAGUUCAGCACACCAGCUACUCUGGAGCAGAACUAUGUGGUGUGUGAGCUGCACCAGAAAGUCAACAUGCUCUUCUCAUUUUUGAGGAGUCACCUUAAGAAGAAGAUAAUUGUAUUUUUUUCCUGCUGCAAAGAGGUUCAGUAUAUGUUCAGAGUCUUCUGCCGGCUGCGUCCGGGUAUCUCCGUACUUGCUCUGCAUGGCAAACAGCGGCAGUUUAAGAGGAUGGAGGUUUAUAAUGAAUUUAUCCGCAAGACCUCAUCUGUACUCUUUGCUACAGACAUCGCUGCCAGAGGACUUGACUUCCCUGCAGUGAACUGGGUUCUGCAGUUUGACUGUCCUGAAGAUGCAAACACAUACAUCCACAGAGUUGGCAGGACAGCCAGGUAUAAGGAGGGAGGUGAAGCUCUUCUUGUCCUAUUGCCCUCAGAGGAGAAGGGCAUGAUUGCACAGCUUCAAGAGAAGAAAGUUCCCAUUAACAAAAUCGAGGUGAACCCAGAGAAGCUGUUGUGUGUCCAGGAGAAGUUACAGGCCUUUCUCGCACAGGAGAAGGAGCAGAAGGAGCGAGCACAGAGGUGUUUUGUGUCCUACCUUCGCUCUGUCUAUCUGAUGAAGAACAAAGACAUCUUUGAUGUUUUCCAGCUCAAACUCCCAGAAUAUGCCAUCUCACUGGGUUUGGCUGUGGCUCCACGGGUCCGUUUCCUCAGUAAGGCCCAGCAACAGAACAGACAGGACAGCAGCGCUGCAGGACAUGAGUCUGAAGAGGAGCUGAACAGUUUCAAAGCCCAACUUAAAGGAGAACAGUCUAAGUCUCAGUCUUCACAGUCUGAGGAAGAAGAUGAUGAUGAUGAUGAUGAUGAUGAGGAGGAUGAGGAUGAAGAUGAGGAUGAGGAUGAGGAUAAGGAGACAUUAAAGCCCGCAACUCUGCUGUGUGGCUUUAAUGAAGAGGAUGAGGGUGACCAGAAUGAACAGGACCUGCUGACUGUCAAGCGUAAAGAUGUGUUCAAUAUCAAAGAAGAGAACCAGGAUAUUGAGGUAACAGGUGAUAAGGCCAUAAAAAAUAAACAAAAGGAAUCCAGAUUCAAAGAGGCAAAGAAAAUGCAGAAAAAGAACUACAAGGUCAACACGAAGGUCGUCUUCACUGAGGAGGGAGAGGUGGUGCAGCAGUGGCCUCCUAUUCAAAGGACCGUGGUGCCAGAUGAAGAGGAGGAGGAUGAUGGGACGUAUGGCAUUAACAUGGAAGCAGCCAAAGAGCGGCUUCGCAAGGAAGACCAGGAGUUUGACAAGAUCGAGUACCGCCGUAAAGUCAGGGAGAAACACAGGGAGAAAAGACUGAAGGAGAAAGCUGCUCGAAGGGAAGCCAGCAAAAAGCAUAAAGAGGAAAAGAAAGGUGAUGAUGAUAAUGAUGAUGAUGAUGAUGAUGACGACGACGGUGAUGAGGAAGAGGCGGUAGCAUAUCUGUCGGGUGCCUAUGAAGAAUUUGACCCCAGCACACUUCCCGACCCCGACAAAGUGCGCAACUCCGAGUCCUCCUCUGAGGAGGAAGAAGGCUCUUCAUCAGACCGCGGUGGCAGGAAGAGAAGUUUCAGCAGCGAGGAGGAUGAUGAUGAUGAUAGCGACGAUGAAGUACAGCAGACACAGGCGGGCAAGAAGAAGCCCAGGAAAGAGUCCACAGUAACUCCUCUGGACACUGGCCUCUCGCUGGCCGAAGACGAGGAGCUUGUGCUGCAUUUAUUGGGCAGUCACAGCUAGAUCCCUACACCCAGCUUCCCCCCCCCCAGAGUUUUCUCAUUUAUUGUACCUGUAUGACGAGUUUAUUAAAAUGCCCCUUGACUAAUAAAAUUUAUCCUGAUUGUGAUGGCAACCUCAAGAUUCAUUGCGGCACAUAUCUAAUGUGAUUUAUUGUGAGAGCGCAGGUUAUAAUUUCCUUUCCUGCCUCUUUCCUUCUUUACAUCCUCAAGACAGGAAUUGAAUUUUCAGGUGGAGUCUUGCCAGACAGCCUCAAAUUACCUAAAAACUCCUGUUUUGCUGUGAAGCGAAAAAGCAGCACAGCUGAUGUCAAUCUUGAUCGAGAACCACUGUGAAGUCCCAGGUGCCAUCUAUAACCUAUUACUGUUAAACUGCUCUCAUUAUUUCUGGUUUGAAUAUUGCCUUCCUGUCACAUUAAACUGUCACUUAAUGUGUGA